AUGGCUUCCCAAGCAGAAUCCAACACUGCCCCAGCGACAACGAGCACCACAGCGCGCUCCCAGGCCCAGGUUUCUGAGCAAACAACAGCGACGACAGAAUUCUACGACUGCUUGCUAGGCUCACUGCCCUGGACGUUUUCUUCGGCGACAGCUCCAAUCUCCUGGUCCAGGAGCUGCACGGACAAGGCGUGGAACAUGAUUUACUUGACUCCGACGCUCCAUGGGUAUUGGGCAAAAGGUUACUUUGCCCUGCGCUGCCUCGGAGUGUCCCCAACCGAGCUGAUGCAGACUCGACGGGAGCAUGACGAUGGAGAGACACCCGCAUGGGUCGCCAGGAUGGCCACAUGCAGCGGCGGCAAGCGUCCGGUUCACGGAAAGAUCAUGCUCCAGAUGGAGUGGCUUCCGGUUCAGCCCAGCAGGACCGCACCACGCUCCGGAGGCAAGCCGAACAAAACCAGCACCUGGAAUGAAAUUGUGCCAUCGGAGGAUCGAGAACAUUGGUUUCGGUCGUGGGAACGGUCCGAGCGCUACGGUGAAGCUACAGAAAACAGUGAUGCUGGUGAGGACGACGAAGUUGGCGGGACACCGGUGAUCGGCGCAACGAACAUACGGACGAGUCGUGCAGUAGAGACGGAGGACUGUUUUUCUGUCACUCUUCCCACAAUGGAGGAAGCUUUCAAGAUGAAGGCCAUGAUUGAUAUUCAACAUGCAUUCUUACGCAUGGCAAGCUUGUCGGGUGCCGCAGGCGACCCCGAUUUCCUGAAGCACAGUUUGGACGAUUGGGAAGAUGAGAAUGGUGAUGGAGCGGCGCACAUUGGCCACCAAGAAAAUGCCGAGGAGCAUGACCCUUGGGUUUGA